UCUUGUAUAGCGUGACAUUGAGAUGUUAUACGACCGUGGUUUAUUUUCAUAUGUUUAUAAGAUUAUAUAGUGUGCAUCUUCGCUACAUUCUACUUAAAAUAAAACACAGAGAGAAAAGAGAAAGUGGAUUUAUAUCUAAGGGCAGAAUGUGAGGGAAUGAGAAAUAUGUGAUUGUUUUCGUUAAGUUUUGAAUAUUCACACCUCCUUAACAAGUGGAUUUAAAUAAACUAAGUUAAUUUUUAAUCGGGGGAAAAAACAACACAAAAAAAACGUGCGGACCACUGAAACUAACAAAAUGACUUCUUUAGUGGUGAUUCUGUUACUUUUGGGAGUUUUCGGGGAAGUUUUGAGUGUUCAAAAACCUAGAAUAUGUAAACGGUUACCAAAUCACACGACGGCUAACCGUACCGUCGGGGAUAACGGGUACAGUAUUCUUGUGGAAGGAUUACCUAUCAGUGGAAUUUAUGUACCCGGCGAGACCUAUAGUGUUGUUGUGAAGAACACAGACACCCACAAGAUCCAGGAUAAAAUACUCGGUAUCAUGCUCGUGGCUGUACCGGAAGGUGAUGUAGAGGAGACGAAAUCUGCCGGCAAAUUUUUCGUACCAACAGAUCAUCUUGAGGAAGCAAAGGGUUGUGGGACUUCUGUGAUUACACAUAUUUACAUGGAUAGAAAAGACGAGGUUAGAGUCAACUGGAAGGCGCCAGCUGAGGGCGGCUGUGUUGAAUUCAGGGCAACAGUGGUUUCUGAAAUUCCUACGCGAUGGUUCAAGGAUGACGGCGGCUUAACUGUCAAAAUAUGUCAUGAGGACCCAGCAGUUAUUAACGAGCAGGGGGACGUUCCGGCACGGGAAACAAAGGAGUGUUGCGCAUGCGGGGAAGCACGCUAUAAAAUGGUGUUUCAGGGACUUUGGUCAAAACAGACCCACCCGAAAGGUUUCCCAACCAAGAAUAACGCUCUCUUACUUCACUGGUCCAAUAUAGUUGGUGCUACGCACACGGAGGAUUACCAUAUAUGGGAAUACGGAGGAUACGCUGAACGCGGAGUGAGGGAAGUCUGCGAAUAUGGUCAUUCCACAAAACUUGAGAAGAACAUGAAAGAAAAUAGUGACAAAAUUUACACUGUGAUAAAGACGAGUCCGAUGUGGAGAAAUGUUCAAGGUCGUAAAGAAGCUGUGUUCAAGGUCAACCAAAAGGCCCAUUUAUUAUCCCUUCUUACCAUGAUAGGACCUAGCCCAGAUUGGUGUAUUGGUGUGCCGUCAUUGUCGGUAUGUAAUGAGAACUGUACGUGGGCGGACGAGAUGAUAGUCGAUUUAUUCCCAUGGGAUGCCGGGACCGACGACGGCGUAGAGUACAUUAACAGAGGAAGGAGUCCUACCGACCCACCCGAGCGUAUCCACAGAAUUACAAACAUGUAUCCCAAGCACCCAUCUUCUCCAUUUUUCGGCGGACCACCAAUCAAACCGUUUGCACGAUUGACCUUGACCAAGUUGAAGGAGGUUUGUGGUACGGACGGUAGUUCAUCGGGAGAAGAUGGUGUACCGAGCACGGAAGAUCUAAUAAACAUGAUGAAACAAAAAAUGAUGCUCAACAAAAAACUUGAAAUGAUGAAGUGUGCAACAAGCGAUUGGACGGAAUGGACGGAGUGUAGCAAUAGCUGUGGAACCGGAAUACGUAAACGAGACCGGAGACUUGUAAACGAAAACGUGUUGCCCUCUAUGUGUAACGACCUAAGUCUGGCGGAAGAAGAACAAUGCCAAGGAAAAUGUAUGAAUAAUCGGCCUGGUAAAACGGGCAGAGAAAAACUAAGUGAUAAUUUUGAGGUCCGGCAUACAUACGAAAUUGAUUUGGACGAUCCGUGUGCCAUAACACCAUGGUCUGACUGGUCGCCGUGUACCGCGAAACUUUGCGGCCGCGGAGUUAGAGAGAGAUGGCGUAUGUUUCUGCGAGAGGAAGCCCAGCACGCGAACUGUAGGCUACAAAUUAUGGAACCUGAUAUAUGCUAUGGAAUAAUGCCUGAUUGUAGAAAAGCGUUGAUGUUGAAAAACUUCACAGCCAUUUGUAGUCUUCCAAUGAACCGUGGACCAUGUAGGGGAGACUUUGAACGGUGGCACUAUAGUAGUAGUAUGAGAAAGUGCAUUCCAUUUAGAUAUGGUGGUUGCCGUGGCAACGAAAACAGGUUCGACAGCGAGGAUGAAUGUCGACAAACGUGUGCCGAUUAUAUGGAUAAUAUAGAUGCAACAUUUAACGUCAUCGAUCGCGGUGAGGUCACUCAUGUUUCAGAUAUGGACCUUAAGCGUCUGAUGAUGAAGAAGCAAAUGAUGUCACCAAAUUUGACGCCACAACUCGACGGAACUGACGUCAAUUUUUCCAUGAAGAAGAAGCGGAAGAUGAUGAAAAAGGCUCGACUAAUGGAGAAGGAGAAGAGAAGAGAGAGAAAAAGACAGAUGAGAGAAAGGAAACGCCGUAUGAAGGCGGAGAAGAUGCGCAUGAGGAAGGCAAAUAUGACAAAUUCUAUUGGUGACGCAGUAGACUGUAUGGUAACAGAUUGGACACCAUGGGAAGAGUGCACAGAAAAAUGUGGAAAACAAUACAUUACACGGACACGUAUGAUAAAAAGGGCAUCAGAAAAUGGCGGGAAAAGGUGUCCGAAAAAAUUGACCCGGAAGAGGAAAUGUAAAUUACCAAAAUGUCCACGUGACUGUAAAGUGUCACCUUGGAGCGAAUGGAGCGCGUGCACAGCCACUUGCGGAACGGAUGUUGUGAAGGAACGCAAACGUUCCAUUAUGAAAAAGCCACGGAAUGGUGGGAUGGAUUGUCCAAGUUUGAUGGAGAGACAAUCUUGUAGCUUACCACCAUGCAACGAUGAAAAGAUGAUGAAAGAAUUUAUGGAGAAAAUGCAAAAACAUCCGCCAUUUUAGGCUAAGACUGGAUCAAGCCUCAAAUAGAUAGUGACUAUCAAUCAUGUCAAGGCCAUACCACGUGAUUUAUAACUGAAAUAGACAGUGUACAUAGAUCAUGUUUUGUUUGUCUGAACAUGUUUAAUUUAUCAGGGAUUAUCAUGCCUUCCUGUAUUUAGUGAAUUUCGAGAGAUAAUCUUCCAGAUCUGAAGAGGUGGAUGAUUAUAAAUUGAUACUGCAUUGACACGUUGAUAUUUAGCGUGUGAUAUGAAGUGAUGACAACAACAUGCAUCCAUCCGGAUGCGCAAGUGUUUUAGAAAAAAAAUGUCGUCUGCGUGUGUUUGUUUUAAAAUCCGAAGUCGACAGAUAUCAGAAUUUUUUAAAGUGAUUUAUAAGUAUAGUAGUGCCUGUUAUUGCUGUGUGACUGAAAAAUAAACUUGUUCAUGAGAAUUUGUCUAAAUCAGGACAAAUUUGUUCAUGAGAAUUUGUCUAAUUCAAGACAACUUUGUUUGUGGGAAUUUGUCUAAUUCAAGACAAAUUUGUUUGUAGGAAUUUGUCUAAUUCAGGACAAAUUUGUUUGAGGGAAUUUGUCUAAUAAACAGCUGUAGUUAUAGAUGCCGUUAAACUUCUGUUUAAAGUAAAGUGCCAGUUAUUUUGUUUUCGGCAGGUCUUUAUCAAACUUUCGUUAUUGAUAUAGAUUUCUGCAUGUUAUUUAUAUUAGAAAGCUAUAUAAAGUUAUUAUGGUAGGUUUUGUUAUAUUGUUCACAUAUCAUUAAAAUGCGUUUUUUUUUACAUAUCCUGCAAUGUCUAACAUGCUAAAAUUAUUUUGGCAAGCUAUAAAUGCUUAAUAUCUAACGACUUUUCAGCGUUUCACUUUAAUUUCACGCAUUUAUUUGUACAUAAGAGCAUUUAAAAUGUCUACUUUUAAAAUUAUUAAUUGUUAACUCACUAAAUAACAAAAUAUCAUUUUUGUUUAAUUAACGUGUUGUUUAGUUAUGCAAAAUUUUGGCUUUAAUUGCCCUUCAUAAUUGUAUGCGUUCAUAAGAUAGUAUAUAAAUUAAUAGUUACAUUUCAUGAAAUGAUCUUCUUUAAAGAAUAGUUAUAUGGUUUGUGAAAAAAAAUGUAAUUUUACCGAAGAGUAAAAAAAAUAAAAUAAUUUAGCUGAUUCUAUUUAAUAAAGUCAUGUUAUGUUAUCGUUACGUCGCUUUUUUCAUACUUACUAGUCUUAGCUUGUAAAUAAUUCAUAUAUAGUCGUUCAUUUUAUUUUAUGUUAAAGAAACAUUGUAAAAAGACCUGAAACUGUCUGUUGUCAUAACAUCCAUUUUUCCCUUCAAAUUAUGGCCAAUUCGUUCAAAAUGAGAUUUAUGGUAUAUAGCUUCGUCCAUUUGGUAAAAAAAUGAGCACGUGAAUCAGCUGAAAAAAUUAGGCCAAGUGUUCAAAUUUAUAAAAAAAAUAAAAUCAUUCUUGUUUACAAAAGUACAUGUAUUGUAAAUAUCUGUUAGUUUUACUGAGUGUAAAACUUGUUUAUUUAAAAAAAAUGAAAUACUAUUUUAUUAGGCUUAAACACAUUCAAGUCACGAAACAAAACUACAUUUUAUAGAAAUAACUGUUGUUUUAUUUAUGUGUUGUUUAUAAUAUUGGUGCAUUUUAGUGUAGAGUUUUAUUUAAGUAAUCAUAAAACAGUUCUAUGAAAUGAAAACAGUUUUUGGCUGGUCCAACUAAUGAAAAAUAGAUAAAAUUUCAACAGCAUGAACAAUGUGCAUGUAUAUAAAAAGAAGUAACGAAGGAGAUCCACCGAGGUCAAAAAGUGUAAAAAAAAAAAACCCCAAUAAAAUUUGAAAUUCUAACGAAGAUCAAAGGCAGAAAAUAUCUGCAAGGAAUGAUAUGUAAAUAUAAUCUGAAUUAAAUUGAAUAUCGACUUUUUGUGCGAUUCCUUACUUGAUUUGAGUGAAAUGGUCUUAACGGUUUUCAUUUUUGAGUCAUUUUGCACAAUAAAAACGAUUGUUCUAGAAAAACGGAUUGUGGGAAUGAUCUGGAAAUAUGCACACACGUAACUGGUCCAAUACUGCAUCAAAUGGUGCACUUAUCUCGGGGAAAAAGAUGUCCAGUCUGGUAAUGUAGAAAACCUCAGUGGAGUCCUUUAACGAUCUGUCGAAUAAAAUCCGUAUUGGAUUCCUUUCAUUAUUUUGACCAUGAAAUUUUGUGAGUCGAUACAAUAUCAUAAAAACAUAUAAUAUAUAAUAAUAUAUCAUAGAAACAUGUAAAAACAUCUUUCUUCAAUAUUUUUGAGAACAUAUCAAAAUUUAAAAUUAAAUAAAUUUCAAAAUGUAUAGACACUUACGAUAUGAUUUUUAAGAAGAAGAAAACAAAGUCCUAAUUAUUUUUUUUUAAAAGAGAGAAAAAAGGAAGUUCUUAUACCACGCUUAUGCUUUGUGUUUAUUAUAGUUAUAAUUAUAUUUCCGCGCAUUUCAAGCUUCUUUUGAAGCGGUAACCAUAUUUUUUUGCAGUGCUAAAAAGAGUAAAAUAAAAAUGUAAAUACUGUUUAUUGUGUACAUAGAGUUAUGAUAUUAUUAUUAUAGUUAUAUACUAUUGUGAUACAAUGUCAUUUUUAAACUUAAUAAAAAAAUAACUGUAAAACAUUAAA